AUGGGUAGCAAUAGUUUGGUUUGCCAAAUACUUGGAGUUGCAUCCAUCCUUGUAUUUGUUUACUUGUCUUUUGGGGAUUUGUUGAGUGUAAAUUACAAAAAUGACCCCAAGUUGAGUUUUGUGGAGAGGAAUGGGACUAAUUUUGUUGUGGAUGGGAAAGUGUUCUAUGUGAAUGGAUGGAAUUCAUAUUGGUUUAUGGAGCAUGCUGUUGUUGAUCAUAGCCGCCCAAGGAUCAGGGAGAUGCUUCAGGCUGCAACCAAAAUGGGCCUCACUGUAUGCAGAACUUGGGCUUUUAAUGACGGUGACUAUAAUGCCCUUCAGGUUGUUCCUGGACAGUUUGAUGAGAGAGUUUUCAAGCAAGCAAGACAAGUUGGAAUCAGGCUUUUGUUUAGUUUGGUUAAUAAUCUCCAAGCAUAUGGCGGCAAGACUAAGUAUGUGAAAUGGGCAUGGGAUGAAGGUGUCGGCUUGAGUGCCUCCAAUGACUCCUUUGAUCCAUCAAUUCGCCUUUAUUUUAAGAAUUAUGUCAAGACCAUCUUGACUAGAAAGAACACCAUCACUGGAGUCGUGUACCGUGAUGAUCCCACCAUUUUUGGGUGGGAGUUGAUCAACGAGCCCCGUUGCAUUACUGAUGCAUCCGGUGAUACUCUACAAGAUUGGAUAGAAGAGAUGUCUUCAUUUGUUAAGUCAAUUCAUAGGAAACACAUGUUGACCAUUGGCCUUGAAGGGUUUUACGGCCCUAAUAGUCCUAAGAAAGAUACAGUCAAUCCUGAAUUUUGGGCUGCUGAUCUUGGAGCUGAUUUUAUACGUAACUCUGCACCGUCAACCGUCGACUUUGCGUCUGUUCAUAUUUAUCCUGACCAUUGGUAGGUAACCUUUACCUAUUGUUUAUCUUAUCACUUUUAGAAACUUACUCAUGAUAUACAUAGGUUUAAAAAGAAGAGCCUUGAAGGAAAACUAAUGUUUGUGGCUAAAUGGAUGCGCUCUCACAUCGAAGAUGGUGAUCCAGUGCUGAAGAAACCUGUGAUGUUUACAGAAUUUGGUUUAUCAGAUCUAAACAAAGGUUUUGACCCUUUGCAACGAGACCGAAUCUACAAAACUGUUUUUGAUGUGAUCUAUGAAUCUGCAAAGAAAAAGGGGGCCGGGGGAGGAUCGUUUGCGUGGCAGUUCUUUGUUGAGGGAAUGGAAGAUUAUAAUGAUGAUUUCGGGAUAGUGCCGUGGAAGAGAGCUUCGACUUACGAGAUUAUAAUCCAGCAUACGUGCAGGUUAGCUAAAGCUCAUGGGACGAUUGCAUCGCAAAAAGAAAACUUGAAGCACCUUUGUAAUCAGCGAUGAA